CGGUGGCCUGCGCGGGUCCCUUUGGAAGUCCACGUGGGGAGUAGGAGAGUGUUGUUUUCGCAGAAGAGAAGAGAUGUCGUUUCGAGGAAGAGGCGGUGGCAAUCGAGGUGGAGGCUUCAAUCGGGGUGGUGGCUUCAACAGAGGGGGACGUGGUGGUGGGAGAGGAGGAUUUGGCCGAGGAGGAGGAUUUGGUCGAGGAGGUGGCCGAGGAGGCUUCAACAGAUAUGAUCAAGGACCCCCAGAAAGUGUUGUCAUCCUGGGAGAGUUUAUGCACCCAUGCGAAGAUGACAUUGUUUGCAAAUGUACAACUCAGGAAAACAAAGUGCCUUAUUUCAAUGCACCAGUCUACUUAGAAAAUAAAGAACAAAUUGGGAAAGUGGAUGAAAUAUUUGGGCAGCUUAGAGACUUUUAUUUUUCAGUCAAAUUGUCAGAAAAUAUGAAAGCAUCUUCCUUCAAAAAGCUACAAAAGUUCUUUAUUGACCCAGCGAAACUGCUCCCACUGCAAAGGUUUUUGCCAAGGCCUCCUGGUGAGAAAGGACCUCCAAGAGGAAGAGGAGGGCGUGGAGGAGGGAGAGGUGGCGGCCGAGGUGGAGGUGGAAGAGGUGGAGGUGGUUUCCGGGGCGGCAGAGGUGGUGGUGGUGGGUUCAGAGGUGGAGGUGGUGGCCGUGGAUUUAGAGGUAGAGGACGUUAAAUGACCAUCUGGAAAACUUUACACUUGUGGCUUCAACAGGAUGCCCCUGAGAUGAAUUCUUGAAUGAUGUGAGAUGUGAGCUUUGCAGCAUGCCAGUUGACUAAAGACUGUCUUAUCUCUGGCUCAAGGAUAACUUAUUAAGAGAGGACAAUUUUUGAAGAACUGUAAAGAUCUUGCAAUUCUGACCUUGAAAUAUAUUUGGAUCUUGUUUUUAUCAGAUAUGAAAUAGAAUGUUAUUUUUUAAAAACAAAAGUGUUUUGUUUUUUUACUGAAAACCUCAGAAGAGGGAAAUAAAAUAAAAUAGCUUGCAGGUUUGAAAUAACAUGCACAAUGCUUUAUACUUUUCUCCCCCUUUCCCCAAAACUCGGUGUCUUGUGUGUGUUGGUCAGUCUUAAAAGAAUGUCAAGACAACUUGAAUGCUGUUUCACAAUUGUAUGUAUUUAUAACUUUCCUAAAUGUAAUUUUUGAAGUUCCUUUUGUAAUUAUGUUGAACCCGUAUUACAUUUUUGGGAUGCUAUA